GGCGCAGCCCGGGGCCAAGCCGGAGGCGCCCCGGAGCGCGGCAGGGGCCGCCUGGGGACCCGCGCUGGCGGCGGCCCCUGAACUGGCAGGAGCCAGCGGGCGGGAUGCGCCCCGCCGGGAGCAGGUGCCGGUUGCCUUUGCCUUUCCCGGCCAAUAGACACUCGCUGGUGCGAUGGAUGAAAUGAUGGAGCUGCGGACGGAUGGGAAUUCCCUGCUCAAGGCGGUGUGGCUAGGCAGACUCCGGCUGGCCAGGCUCUUGCUGGAAGGCGGGGCCUACAUUAAUGAAAGCAACGAGAAGGGAGAGACCGCUCUCAUGGUGGCCUGCCUCACUAAACACAUGGAUCAGCAGAGUACAGACAAAGCCCGGAUGGUGAAGUACCUGCUGGACUACGGGGCUGACCCCAACAUCCAGGACAAAGCCGGCAGAACAGCCCUGAUGCAUGCGUGCCUCAGAGGAGCCGGGGAAGAGGUCGUUUCUCUGCUGCUGGAGAACGGAGCAGACCCGAGCCUAGAAGAUCACUCUGGAGCCUCUGCUCUGGUUUACGCGGUCAACGCACAUGACCAGGACGUGCUGAAACAUCUCCUGAGAGCCUGCAGAGCUAAGGGGAAGGAGGUGAUCAUUAUAACUACGGACAAGUCCUCUUCAGGUACCACAGCCACCCAACAAUACCUUAACGUCCCGCCAUCGCCAGAGCCAGGGGAGAGGCGGCGCCCGGGCAUGUGCAUGACGCCUUCGGAGACUGAACUGAAAGCGCCCACUUCAGGGGCCUCAGCCGCUGCGAAGGAAGAGCCCUUCUUCCGCUUCCACCCCGCACAUGCCAGCGGGUGCCAGCCGGCCCAGGCCCUUCACGAGCCCUGCUCUCCGACCAGGAAAUUCUGCAACCCCAGAAGAGCCCGUCUGCCGCAGCUGAAGAGGCUGCAAUCGGAACCAUGGGGCUUGGUUGCACCUUCUGUUCUCGCCUCCUCUGCCCAUCCGGACGAGGCCAAGACGAUGCGUGCAGAUGAGGAAAUCAUCCUGGGCAUCAAUGACUUGUCGCUCCGCAGAAAGGGUUCCUUACCCAGGAACGGCAGCAGGAAGGGCAAAGACUUGUCCCUCUUCCCUUUGGGGGAUGACCAGGCUCUGAAGAUCCCAGCAACUUCUGUGCCGGGAUCAAGGAAACCACCCUAUGACAAAACUCAGGCCCUUCCUCAGUGCGUAGCCAGGAGGGGCGCUGUCCCUGCUGAGCCGGAGAACGCCAGCUCCGCCGGCUUGGGCUGCGCAGCCUGCAAAGACGCCCUGCCUCGGAGAAGGCUGGGGACUGCGCAUUACGAUUCCGAUUCACAGCUCUACUGUGACUCCAGCUCCAUUCUGGCCGAUGCGGGGAAGGUGCCUUUGGAGAGAAAACAGCUCACUAGUUCCCAUUUGGCUAUGUCCAACGGCUCCCGGGAAUCCCUGGACAGUACGUCCAGCACGUCUCCCGGCACCGGUCGCCGCAGGCCACCCAAUUUGCUGGAAAGACGUGGCUCUGGGACACUCCUGCUCGAUCACAUUUCUCAUACCCGACCAGGGUAUUUGCCUCCUUUGAAUGUAAACCCCAACCCGCCAAUUCCCGACAUCGGCUCUUACAGCAAACCGUCUUCCCCGCUCGCUGGGGGCUUCAAACCCAUAGUGCCCGCUGCUCCGAGUUCACCGAGAAGGGGUGACUUGCGAACCAAGAAGAAGCUGUUUCGAAGACACUCGAUGCAGGUUGAGCAGAUGAAACAACUCUCCAAUUUUGAGGAAAUAGUGGCCCAGUAGUUUGUAUUUCAAUGGAUUUUCCAUAAACACGCACAAGGUCCCUGCUCUCUUGUGCUCCACACAGGGGUGUCCCUGCGGCUGACACCCCCCACUCCAGGGCAGGGAUCAGAUCCCCACAGCCUUGCACCGUGCAGAGGUCUGGGCACCGGGGCCAAGCCAGGAGCAUUUUACACUCUCGUUGCCCAGCUGUGGAGACAACACCAGGUACAAACGGGGGGAAAUCAGCACCAAGUACUAAAAAUGUUUCUCUACUAGUGCCCCCAGGUCCGUGCUUUGUUCAGCAGGAUGGAUCUGGUGAAGAGUUGAUCACAGAGGAACCUAGAGUGUGAGACACACAAAGGAACAUGAUCCCCAUUCAUUCGUUCUCCAAUUCUCUGUCCUUGAUCUCUAGUCUUUCCUACCCACAUGGAAACUGUCCUGGGAUUGCCAGUGCCCGUGGGGCUGGUGUACUUCUCAAGUGCCUACCAGAAACAGAGCAGGGCUUCCUGCUGCCAGGGGGAGGAAGAGCCCAGCACCCCCGACCCACUGAAUGUAUUGACACCUGCCCUGAGCCGGAGAAGGGACAGGACUUCCAAGAAAUCUUAGCACUUUAACAGGCCGGAGAAUGGAGCAGAUCCACUCCUGGUGACACUCCAGUGCAACCAACAGGACU